AUGACAGGAAAUUUAAAGUAUAUGGGUAAUGAUAUUCAAAACCUGGAUAUAAAUAUGGUGGAAAAACUUGGGAGAGCUUUAGAAAUUACAGAGUCACUAGAUGAUUAUACUAUACCUAGUGAAGUAUUAGUAUAUAACCCUGUAGAUGAGGAUGUAUUUACAAAAUUUAAUACUGGAUCAUCAUCUGAAUUCAAAAUUAGACAAAUAUUUUUACAUGUUGAUUUAUUAGAAAAUGAAACAAAAUUAUUAGAUGAAUUUGAUAAUUACUGUAGAUCUAAUAAUUUUGAAGUACCUAUGGAAUUAAGUCCUAUACUAUUACGUAUAUUAAUAUUUAAUAAGAGAAGAUAUCCCAGUAAUUAUAUAGUAAAAACUGUACAUCAUGUUAAAAAUAUGUAUUCUUGGAGAAGAUCUAUAUAUCCUUUAAAAGAUACUGAUGUAGAACUACGUAGAGAUUUAGAAGAUGGAAUAAUAUACUGGCAUGGUAGAGAUUUUAGUUUAAGACCUAUAUUAGUUAUAAAAUUAGCAAAGAUAGGGAAAAAUUUUCCAAUUCAGAGAUUUAUUCGUCUAAUUGUAUUCUGUUUAGAAUGGGGAUUAAGAUAUUUGAUGAUACCUGGUAAAAUUGAAACAUGCCUAGCCUUGAUAGAUGUAAGAGGUGUGAGUUUAACAUCUUUCCCUAUUUCAACAUUAAGUGAAAUUUCCUCACUAUUAACAAAUCAAUACUCAUUUAGAUUAUAUAAAAUGUUUGUAUUACAUGAUUCAGUUUUUAUACAAGCUAUUUGGAAUAUAAUGAAGCAAUUUUUAACAGAUUUACAACAGCAUAAGAUUGUAUUGUGUAGAAAUGAUAUAAAACAUCAACUAUUUAAAAUUAUACAUCCAUGUCAAAUAGAGGAGUAUUUUGGUGGAACAGAGAAGAAUAAAUCAUUCCCGUUUUAUCCAUUUAAAUUUCCAAGUAAUAGUAACAUACAAUAUAGUGAUCCAAGAUUUCAUCCUAAUAAUGGAUUUACUAGAUAUAUAAUUGAAUGUAAAAAUAACAAUAAAAUUAUCCCAGACUUCAGAAAAAUAAAGAAAUGUCAUUUACUUUUUAAUGAUGAGAAUUCAAAUGGUACUGUACGCUAUAAGGGAAAUAGAAAAAGUAUAUUAUGGGAUCCAAUAGGUAUUAAUUAUUUGCAAAAAGAUAUUUAUGAUAUACUUGGAAUAGAUUUAUUAAAUAAUCUUAAUGAAAUAAAGGAUAUUAAUAAACAUAAAUAUUUAAAAUAUAAUUCAGAUCAAAUAACCCAUCAUUAUCAUACAUGUACAAGUAGUGAUUUAAAUGAAUGUUGUGAAAAUAAUGAGAUUCAUGAACAAGGAUAUUUAGAUAAAUUAGAUCAUGAAGUCAAUGAUAGUUUAUCUGAAAAUAAUAAUAUAGAUAAAAAUUUUGGGAAUAAUGAAUUUUCAAUUACAGGUAUAACACCUACUUCAGGUAGUAAUAAAUAUUAUGAAUCAACAUCUCAAGAAUCAAAUAAUAAAGAUAAUUCUAAUAGUCAAGUAAUAAUAAAUGAUGAACUUAAUAAUACUAUUAAUAAAAGACACUUUUUUAAUUCAAAUAUAUCAUUUAUUAAAGAAUAUUCAAUAAAAACAAUAUCAGAUUCUUCCUCACUUACAUUUGAUGAUACAAAUAGUUAUUGUAGUGCAGCUUCAAAUACAAUUAAUAAUAUUAUUAUUAGUGAUGUUAUUAAUGAUUCACUUCAAUCAUUUACUAUUUUAUCAAGUAUUGAAAGAAUUGGUGCAGAUAUAAUAAGAAAAGAAUUAGUGAAUGAAAUAUCACCAAAUUCAGAAAGUACUGCAAUGACUUCACCAAAAUAUCAAAUAUUGAAUAUAAAUAGUAAUGAUGAUCUUAAUAAUAUAAGUGAUAAAGAAACUGAAUACAUUUCUAAAAAAGAUAUUCAACAAGAAAAAAGAUCUAAUUCAGAACCUUCAAUAUCAUUUUCACCAUCUAUUAUAUCUUAUUCACCUAUUGAUAAGAAUAAUAUUUUUGAUAAAGAUAAAGAUCAAAAAAAUCCAAAUUUAACGAAUAACAAAGUUGAAAGAUCUAUAGAAGGAACUAUAUUAAAUGAUAAUAAACAAAAUUUCAAUAAAAUUUCGAAAAGAACAAAAUUUAAAAGAAUAUUCAAUAAGUCAUUAAAUAGUGGAAUAUUAAUGUGGUUUAAUAAUAUAGGUAAGAAAUAUAAUACUAAAUCUCAAUCUUGUAGUUGCACAAGUAAUAAUUUAGAUCAAAAUACUCAAAAAUCACUAAACUUAGAAAGAUAUCAUGGUUUAUUUGGUCUUAAAUCUAAAUAUUUCAAGUAUCAUAAUAUAAAUCAUUUAAAUAAAUGA